AUGGACAGUGCAAAGGAAAUUGACAGAAUUCAACAAGAUGCUAAAGCCUUAGGGUACAAAAAAGGCACAAUAACAGGAAUUGUUAGAAGAUGCGAGAAGAGCAUAAAAAAUGGGGCUCAAUACAAGGUCCCGUCGUCUGAUUGUGAACGAGGUAGUGGCAAUCUCGUUACCACCAACCAGCAAGAAGAUAUGGGAGCGAGAUUUCGUUAUCAACGCAGUGCCGAAAGGAAAAUGUCGGAGAGAAAGAAAAUUAACGAUUUACGUGUUAUUGAUUUAAAAUCAGAAUUAGAAAAGCGAGGAAUCGAUAGAUCAGGAAAUAAAGCUGUUCUAAUCGAUAAAUUAACAAAGUCGUCUGAUUGUGAACGAGGUAGUGGCAAUCUCGUUACCACCAACCAGCAAGAAGAUAUGGGAGCGAGAUUUCGUUAUCAACGCAGUGCCGAAAGGAAAAUGUCGGAGAGAAAGAAAAUUAACGAUUUACGUGUUAUUGAUUUAAAAUCAGAAUUAGAAAAGCGAGGAAUCGAUAGAUCAGGAAAUAAAGCUGUUCUAAUCGAUAAAUUAACAAAGGCAUUGAUAGAAGAAGGAAAAGAUCCAGAAAAAUAUUCUUUUGAAAUUGAUGUUGACACUACACCAAAGAGAACACCAAAAAGAAGUUCAAAGAGGUCAUUAACUGGUAAUGAAGAAGAAACUUAUAGCAAUGUGGAUAGUUUAGAAGGAAGAGAAGAUGAUGAUGAUGAUAAGAAUGAUAAUGAUAUGGAAAUAAUUGAUGAUUCUCUUCAGCUAUCGGUUGAAGAUGAAGAGAAACUUUUAAAUGAAGAAGAGGAACUAACUAAUGAAAAUAAAAGUAAAGAAACAACUGUGGAAGAAAAUAAAGGCGAGAAAACUGAAAAGCAGAAAAGUACAAACAUCAAAAAAGAAUGUGGAGAAACUAUAGAAACUCCAGAUACAAAAUUUGAUGAAGAAAAGAAACGUGGAGAAGCUGAUGUUGGGGAAGAUAAUGCUGAGACAGAUACCAAAUUGGAGACUGAUACACUGCAGUCUACAAAUUCCAAUGUCAACUUGAAGAAAAGCAGUAAUACUUCAAAAACUAUUGCUAAGGACCUUGGGCGUUCGGACAACAAAAUUCAAGAAUCUACAGAGAAGGAAAUGGAUGAUAAAUCAACUGAUCAAGAAAAAAUGAAUUGCGAUUCAAAUGAGAAGGCUGGAGAGGAAAAUGGAAAUGAGGAAUCAAAAAUAGAUGAUAAAGGAAACAAUAAUCAGCAGUUGGCGAAUGAAGAGAAGACUUCUGAAAGGGAUGAUGAUGAUGAUGCAAAGUCUGAUCAAGAAACUGCAGAAAAGGAUAAGAAAAAUAAAGAGGAUGAAAGUGCGAAACAAGUUUCUACAGAUUCUUCUGUGAAACCAACUGCUACUAGCCGUGCAGCUGUCAACACAACAACCAAGGCAAAGAGCAUUACUGCUAAAGAUGCCAAAACAGCUGGAAAGGAUGAGAAAGCAGGAGGAGAAAAGGUCAAGAGAGCACUAGCUAGUACACAUAAUCUCUGGGUUAGUGGUUUAUCUGCAUCUACAAGAGCUACUGAUUUGAAGAAUUUAUUCAAUAAACAUGGCAAGGUCAUUGGAGCAAAAAUUGUCACAAAUACUCGUGCUCUGGGAACACGAUGUUAUGGAUUUGUUACAAUGUCAAAUAGUGAAGAAGCGGCAAAAUGUAUACAGCAUUUACAUCGUACAGAAUUGCAUGGAAAAAUGAUAUCUGUAGAAAGAACUAAACAUGAACCAAGUAGUGCAGUUAGAAAAGCAGAAGCAAAAAUUGCAGGACCCAAAAAAGCUCCCCAGAAACCAGUUCCUCCUAAGACUGAGUUAAAAAAGGCCAAAAAAACACCCGAGAAAAAAGUAGAAAAAGAAGUGCAGACUAAAGAAAAAAAAGAUGAUGUGAAAGAAAAAAAGGAGGAAAUUAAA